CUGUAAAAGGUGCUUUUGCCUGUCAAUCUUCCACUUCCUUUUUGCUUGCUAACGCAACCGCUUCUCUUGCUAUUGCAGAAAACUCACACCUCUCUCACCCACUUCGCCUUUUGUCUUGAUUUUUUCCUUUUUUCUUUCCAUCCCAACCCCCUUCAUUUUUUUUUGGUUUUUUGUUGCUUAGCUGAGUAUGAAAGGAUCCAAUUUCAAAGGAGCUAUGGAAAAUGUGAACAAGGAGGCGAUCGAUUGGGAGUUGAGGCCUGGUGGUAUGCUUGUUCAGAAAAGAGACGAUGGGGUUGAUGCUUCUGGACCCACGAUCAAGAUCAAAGUCUCUCAUGGCUCUUACCAGCACGAGGUCAACGUCCCUGCUCAAGCAACUUUUGGGGAAUUGAAGAAGGUCCUUGCCCAGGAAACUGGAUUGGAACCUAAAGAACAGAGACUAUUAUUCAGAGGGAAGGAAAAAGAAGAUGAUGAGUGCUUACACAUGGUAGGUGUAAAGGACAUGUCCAAGGUGGUACUCCUGGAGGAUCCUGCUAGCAAAGAGAAAAAGCUUGAGGAAAUGAAGAAGAAUCAAGAGAUAUCAAAAGCUUGUGAAGCUGUUGCUAAAGUCAGAGCUGACGUUAACAAGCUCUCUGAAAAGGUGGCUGCCUUAGAGGCAGCUAUGCGUGGAGGUACCAAGGUUGCAGAGAAGGAAUUUGUUCUCUUGACAGAGCUAUUUAUGGUACAAUUACUGAAACUGGAUAGCAUUGAGGCUAAAGGAGAAGCAAAAGUGCAAAGACGGAUUGAGGUUCGUCGUGUGCAGAGUUACGUGGAGAUGCUUGACGUUCUAAAGGCACGAAACUCUAACCCUUUCAGCAGUAGCAGCAACGCUGCAUCUGUGACAACCAAGUGGGAGACCUUUGAUUCUGGAGUGGGAAGCCUGAAUGCUCCACCCCCGCUGCCGUCUUCUGCAAACGCAACUAACGAUUGGGAACAGUUUGAUUAAUCUGAUCUCUCUUCGGCUAUCCUGGUUUGUACAAAUUCCUAUGCGAUACCUUAUGCUAUGGCACAUGGAACACAUUUUGCUUUGUUUUUGUGUCCCCCCUAUGUUCUAAUCCUUUUAGUAGGGACGGAGGAGAGGCAUUGAUAGUGUAGAAAAAAACUGCACUUUCUUUUGAAGAGAAAUUGAUAUUUGUACA